AGGUGAAGAGCAUGCCAUUCGGGAAGGACAUGCCGAAGUCAAUGCCAUGCGGAACGGGUGCAGGCUGUGGAAUGGGCGGUGGAAUGGGCGGCAGCACGGGCAGCAUGUGCAGUGGAAUGCCAGGCAUGCCCAGCAUGCCAGGACUCCCCAGUGGCCCUGGGUCUUCCGGCCCCCCUCUGGAGCAUCGAGAGAGGCAUCCAAAAGCGGGCCCAGAGCAUCAUCCGCAUCCAUCAGUGCUUCCACCGCCAAGCCCACCUGGCAAGAGUGGCCUCAAGGGAGAUGGCGAUGACAUGCAGGAACAGGUUAUGCUGCAGAUGCAGAUGCAGAUGCAGAUGAUGAUGAUGGGUGCCAUGAUGGGCUCCAUGUUAGGGGAAGGUGAUGAGAAGAAAGGCAAGAAAAAGAAAAAGAAGAAGGGUGCGGAGGAUGACCUACCGCCCGGCCCUUCGAGUGACAUGAGCCAUCCAAGUUACCGGCCGCUGGGGAUGGAGAACGUGCCCGGAAUCACAGACAGGCGAUUUGAAGGUCGCAUCACGAUGUGGUUCGAGGACAAGGGCUAUGGCUUCAUCGGCAAUGAGGAGCUGAAACAAAGAUUCAACGGCAUGGAUGUGUUCCUCCAAGCAAGUCAGAAGCGGCAUUUUGGGCAGGGCGAUGCCGUGACCUUCAAUAUCUUCAAGAACCACAGGGGCCAGCCACAGGCAACGGAACUGAGAGCAGCCUAGGCCUCCCUCGGAUAGGAAGGGCUGGGCAUGUAGUUGUAGGGACGUUGAAGGUGAGCUCGGCGUAUGCAAAACGUGGAAUUGCCACGUCCUUUGUUCGAAAUGUUCGCACAUGUCAUUGCACUCCACUGCAAGAGUCGGGUAGCUGCAGGAAGGAAUGGCACAAAUCUGCCUCGCUAGUCUACACAAAUCGCUGACUGUCAGACAUCAUAG